AUGGGAACUCCCGGGGUGUAUCCCAACAAAACGACAGAGAAUCAUACUCUGUGGGCUUUGGACGCCAACACCGGAGAUAUGAUUUGGUCCUUCAACACGCCAUCCUGCACAGCUGUGGGUGCCCGGGGUGGCACCCUGGAAGAAAUGUGCUGGCCUUUGGCCUGGUCAGCACCGGUUAUCUCAAAGGAUGGGAUCGUUUAUAUCAACUGGGCCUUCGGCGGUGUCACCUAUGCAUUGCGUGACAUCAACAAAGAUGGCCUGUGUGACCUUCACAACCCCGAAGAAGUCUCCAGCUUUGAUUUCGGCAUUGGCCAUCAGGGAGGUCCAGCGCUGGCCCCUGGUAUGCUUGUAGUGCUCACCUGCCAUGGACCGAGGGCGAUUCUCACUGCAGCUAUAGAACAAUGAGUAGCUGAAUGCAGCUGGGUCUUGAGACGUGCUCGGGCAGACUAAUCAGCAAUGAUUUACGGUGCCCUUGUGCAAUUUUCAUUUGGGCCUAUGCAGGGGAAAGUCCUUGGGAGUAGAUGCCUUGUGGGGACCCUGCACGGCAGAUAGCUGGUGAAAAGCGGAUGGCACGCACGCCCAAAUGGUUUUUGAGGAUUGACUAAGACCAUGCCCAUCAGCCACUGUAACCAGCUGCCAGCAGAU